CGGGCGGGGAGCGCAGCCCGCGCCUCAGCCCCACGUGUGGCGGAGGAGCGGGGAAGUUGCCGGCGGCCGGCGCUGCGGACCCUGCUCCUCUCUCGCCGCUGCCCGGCCCUUCCCGUCCCUCGGGAGGACGCAACUCCAAUCCUCUGCAGGUGCCUGUGGACGUGAAGGGAAGGGACAUGCAGAGGAGUCUGACUGCAUGCAGAGCGGGUGGGUUCUGAUCUGCUCAGUUUCUUGCACAGCCAACCACUCAACGGAAAAAGAAUUCUUCAGCCUCUUGUUUCAAAAGACCUUGGACAAUCUUCUGCUGUUCCACUCCCUUUGGUCCCGCAUUUCAGCAGAAAAAAGAUCCAAAGAGGAGGAUGAGGCAGCUUAGAGGGAAACCCAAAAAAGAGACCUCCAAAGAUAAAAAGGAGAGAAAACAGGCAAUGCAAGAGGCCCGGCAACAGAUCACCACCGUGGUGCUUCCCACGCUGGCUGUCGUAGUACUGCUGAUUGUUGUGUUUGUCUAUGUAGCCACUCGUCCCAAUACAACUGAAUGAUGCAGCUUUUCAGACUCUCUAGCUUUGGGAUAUUAAUUUUACCAAGAGCCAAAAGGAACUCUCUGCCACUCUUUUAGUACUCUGCAAAGGAUCUUGCUGGUAUUUUCAGUCUUUCUCUUGGCUAGAGUCCCACAGAUUCUCUUUAGGAAUGUAACAUAAAACGUAUUAGUGAAUGUGCCAGUACGUUUUAUGGUCCAGUUAUGUGCCUUUCAGACUUUUAAAAAUGGUGUUUUUCUUAAAGCUGUUUGAAGCUCUAUAUUGUAAAAGGAAAUCGUGUUCUGCUAUAAAUUUGUAAAAAAUCAGCUUUCAGCUUUUAUCACUGUUAUGGAUAAUGUUGCUCCCAUGAGCUCUUGUAUGUCUAUUUCAGAAUUUCCAAAGAAGUACAUUUCUUCUUUGUACUUAAUGUCAUAUGAAGUGCUUUGAUUCAGAAAGGAUAUAUUUAUUUUUUGAAUAAAAGAAGUCUUACUUGGAAUCUUCAAAUUAUUUUGCAAAAAAAUGUGACAUUGUGAGAGCCUACAUUGUGUAAUAAUUUUUUCAUCAACCACUAUAUAGUUCACUCAAAAAGAAUUUCUUUUUGGUGCGAGAUGCCAACACGCAGAGUGAAUACUUCAGGACCUGCUGGAUGGAAUCAUACAGAAUUUGGACAGGGAGAUUCUGCCAGGUUAUGGUGAAGUAACUAAUAACAAACUACACAAAUACAGAUAGUUGCUUAUCUGAAUGUUCAAUAUUUGAAACUGUAUAAGUGGCAAUAAAAAGGUGGUUUUGCAUACAAA